AGUCACGUGACCACUUACACAAACUCAAUUUCCAGCAUCAGCUGUUGCUGUAGGAUCUUUUGGAGUAGCUCGGGGACUGAAUCUGGGUAAAACCUGCCUAGGAUCCUACCCGCUGUGGCAGGAAAUUUGGAAGAUGAGGACCUUCAGUCCAGAGGUCUCCCCAGACCCCCUCCAUGUCAUCACAGUCCACCUGCUUCGAAUUUGUACCCUCUUCAUGGCCUUGCUUGACAUGGCCCCAAGCUCCAGGGGUCCUGUGGUACCCAACCAACCCUUCAUCACAGUCUGGAAUGCAGAUACCCAGCGGUGCCUGAAGAACUACAGCGUGGAUGUGGAUGUCAGUGUCUUUGAUGUGGUAGCCAACCCUGGGCAGACCUUUUUCGGCCCUAACAUGACUAUUUUCUACAGCUCAAAGCUGGGCACCUACCCCUACUACACAACCACUGGGGAGCCCGUGUUUGGUGGGCUGCCACAGAAUGCCAGCCUGGGUGAACACCUGGCCUACGCAUUCCACGACAUCCAGGCUACCAUGCCUGCCCCGGACUUCUCAGGGCUGGUGGUCAUUGACUGGGAGGCAUGGCGGCCACGCUGGGCCUUCAACUGGGACACCAAGGAUAUUUACAGGCAGCGCUCACAGGCACUGAUUCAGGCACAACACCCUGACUGGCCCGAAAGUCAGGUGAAGACAGUAGCCAAGGACCAGUUCCAGAAGGCUGCACAGGCCUGGAUGGCAGGUACCCUCCAACUAGGACAGGCACUGCGUCCUCGUGGCCUCUGGGGCUUCUAUGGCUUCCCUGACUGCUACAACUAUAACUUUAAAAGUCUUAACUACACAGGCCAGUGUCCACUAGGCAUCCCUACAGAGAAUGACCAGCUAGGGUGGCUGUGGAACCAGAGCCGUGCCCUCUACCCCAGUAUCUACAUACCUGCAGCACUGGUGGGCACAGGGAAGACCCAGAGGUAUGUGCGGCAUCGUGUGGCUGAGGCAUUCCGUGUGGCCAGGGCUGCCAGGAACCCCAGUCUACCAGUGCUGCCCUACACCCAGAUCUUCUACGAGUCAACAAGCCAUCUUCUGCCCAUGGAGGAGCUGGAGCAUACCCUGGGGGAGAGCGCAGCUCAGGGGGCAGCAGGAGUGGUGUUCUGGGUGAGCUCAGAGGACACAAAUUCCAAGGAAUCAUGCCAGGCCAUCAAAGAGUAUAUGGAUACCACAUUGGGGCCCUUCAUCCUGAAUGUGACCAGUGGGGCUCUUCUCUGCAGUCAAGCUCUGUGCUUUGGCCAUGGCCGCUGUGUCCGCCGCCCCAGCCAUCCGGACGCUCUCCUCAUCCUUAGCCUUGCCAGCUUCUCCAUCCAGUUCACACCAGGUGGCAAGCCGCUGACCUUGAAAGGUGCCCUGUCACAUGAAGAUCAGGCACAGAUGGCUGUGGAGUUCAGAUGUCAUUGCUAUCCUGGCUGGCGCGGAUCAUCAUGUGAGCAGCCAGACAUAUGAUGAUUAGCCACACCAGUCUGCACACAUGAGCAUCCAAUGUACUCUGGGCUGGCCAUGACUUCCACAAAUACAGAUAUGGUCACAGUCAGGAGUACACUCAGUCACCAUUAUGGAAAUGUGCCCUGCACACAAAUGCACUCACAGACCAGGACAGCCACACAAGAAGUUAGCAGCAGAGGCAGACAUCACUGAUCCACAUUCAUAUGUGUCUAUGUGGCAGUGUCAUAGACAGUUCCACUAGAGACAGAGGGUUUUUUUUUUGUUUUGUUUUGUUUUGUUUUGUUUUGAACAGGGGAUUGAACUCACAGCCUUGCACUUGCCAAGCAGGUGCUUAUGCUGCUGAGCUAAAUCCCUGACCCUUAGAGACAGUUUUUGAACUGCAGCAAGCCCUGUGCUGAGUUUGCUGAAUGGGCUAUUCACUCACUCUUCUUAGUAAGACUGAGGCACCCAAAGAGAGGAUGUGUACUUUCUGCACAAAGAAAAGAAAGAAACUAAGAUUCAAACCAAAGCUGUCGGGGUUCAGAGAUAAAGCCUUGCACACCUACUGUGUGUUAAUUGUAACUAGCCCACUGAAUCCGUUAGUUAGUGCAGGCACCAGCCCUGCACAAUCCAGCCAAUAAAGCAGUCGUGAUUUACUUAAA